AGAUUCUCCUUCUUCUUCUCUCUCUCUCCCUUCGUCUAUAUUUCACAUUCUCUUCAAGUUUCGGCCUUCGGAGAAAAUAAUAAGCAUCUCAAAAUUUGGAUCUGGAGAAGAAAAUUUGAAAACUCUCUUGUUCUCUCAAAGGUGGUGGUAGAUCUCGAAUUGGGAAUUUUCGAAAUUGUGAAUCUUUGAAAAAAAAAGAGUUAAAUUGACAAAACAUUUCCUUAACUUGAAUCUCUGUUUUUUGAAUCGUUUAAAUUAGAGAAGAACCCUAAUUUUUUCUGUUUUGGAGAUCUCUUCUCUGGACCGGGGACUAAAGUGGGCGAUUUUCGAAUUCAAGGUUUUUGUUUCUGAAUCGGGUUUGGAUUCGUUUUUGAGCAAAGUUUUGAGAUUUUUACAUGCUUGUAGCUCGAUCUGGUUGUUCUAGAACCCUAAUUCGAAUGGGCAACGAUGAAAACUUGAUGGUAAUGGUGGAUGUUGAGGAAGGUGAGAUUCCUGAUUCUGUCAACACUGAGAUUGAAGUUAAGCACAAGAGUACUACUACUACGGCCGAUGUUGGCGGAGACGUCGAUGUUGGGGUUGUGGCUGGAGGAAGAGGAGGAGGUGGUGGUGGUUCUAAUGGCAACUCUAGGGUUUGGACAAUGGAGGAGUUGAUUUCUCAGUAUCCUGCUUACCGUCCAUAUGCGAAUUCGGGUUUAUCUAAUUUAGCUUGGGCUCGAGCUGUGCAGAACAAACCUUUUAAUGAAGGUUUGGUAAUGGAUUAUGAACCAAGAGAGAGUGAUAAGAUUGUGAUUGAAGAUAGUGAUGAUGAGAAAGAAGAAGGUGAGUUGGAGGAAGGUGAAAUUGAUUUGGUCGACAAUGCUUCUGAUGACAAUUUGGUUGAGAAGGAUACUGAAUCUGUUGUGUUGAUAAGUGCUGAUAAAGUUGAAGAUGAUCGAAUUCUAAAGGAGAGAGAUUUGGAGAAGAAAGUGAAACUAAUUCGUGGUGUUUUGGAGAGUACUUCGUUGGUAGAAGCACAGACGUAAGACUAUCCUGAGAAUGGAGAGAUCAGAUGAUGAUGAUGAAAAAAAUUAAAACAUCUGUCAGAGUUUGAUGAGUGAAGUUUGAUUUUUUUUUCUUUUCAUGUUUUGUUCUGUUUCGUUUCAGCGGAUUUGAAGGAGUUUGUUCCAGAAUAUUGGGGGCGUUAGAGUCUUUGCGAGAGCUGGUUUCAGAUAAUGAUGAUUUUCCGAAGAGGGAUACUUUAGUUCAAUUGUCAUUUGCUUCUCUUCAAACCAUUAACUAUGUGUUUUGCUCGAUGAACAAUAUUUCCAAGGAGCGUAAUAAGGAGACUAUGUCAAGAUUGCUGACUCUUGUAAAUGACCAUUUUUCCCAAUUUCUCUCAUUCAACCAGAAAAAUGAGAUAGAGACCAUGAAUCAGGAUUUAAGCCGUUCUGCUAUUGCAGUUUUUGCUGGAACCAGCAGUGAAGAGAAUGUUAAUCAAAUGACUCAGCCGAGUAAUGGUGAUUCUUUUCUUGCCAAAAAGCUGACUUCAGAAAGUACACAUCGAGGAGCCGCCUACUUAAGGAGUAGGUUGCCUAUGCUGCCUCUUCUAGACCUUCAUAAGGAUCAUGAUGCAGACAGCCUUCCGUCGCCCACAAGGGAAACAACACCAAGUUUACCUGUAAAUGGUCGCCAUACAAUGGUUAGACCAGGUUUUCCCGUUGGUAGAGAGAGCCAAACGACUGAGGGUGCCAAAGUCUAUUCAUAUGAGAGUGAUGCCCGUAAAGCAGUUUCUACCUACCAGCAAAAAUUUGGUCUUAAUUCAGUGUUUAAGACAGAUGACCUUCCAAGCCCAACCCCAUCAGGAGAACCUAAUGAUGGCAAUGGAGACGUUGGUGGAGAGGUUUCCAGUUCUGUUGUUAAGAGCUCGAACCCGGGGAGUCACCUAAUUUAUGGGCAAGACGUUCCUCUGCCCUCCAAUUUUAAUUCUAGAAGCAUGCCUGUUGCAAAUUCUGUUUCUAGCACUGUUCCACCACAUCAUCUGUCAAUUCAUGCUAUUUCUGCACCAACUGCCUCUGAUCAGACAGUGAAACCUUCUGCAAAGAGUCGAGAUCCAAGACUAAGGCUUGCGAAACCUGAUGCUGCCAAUGUAACCAUUUAUUCGUACUCGUCUGGCGACGCUAGAAAUCUUUCAAAAGUAGAGCUUUCUGCAGACUUGGUGAACCCAAGAAAACAAAAAGCCGCUGAUGAAUUUUUAAUUGAUGGGCCUGCAUGGAAAAGACAAAAGAGUGAUACGGAUGCACCAAAAGCAGCUGGAACUGGUGGCUGGCUAGAGGAUACAGAAUCAUCGGGACUUCUAAAACUGGAAUCCAAGCCCAGGCUAAUUGAGAACGGUGUAACAUCUAUGACAUCAAGUGUUAUGCCCACGAGUGCUGUUUCUGUGAGCCAAAAAGUACGGACAGCUUCAACUGAUACUGCAUCAUUGCAAUCCCUUUUGAAGGAUAUUGCAGUAAAUCCUACAAUGCUACUGAAUCUCCUGAAAAUGGGAGAAAGACAAAAGGUACCUGAAAAAGCUAUUCAGAAACCCAUGGAUCCAAGAAGAGCAGCACAACUCCCUGGCUCUUCCGUACAACCAGGGGUAUCAACACCGCUUAGUAUACCUGCAUCAAAUGCUUUAGCUGCUAAUUCUUUAAACUCAGGAGUACUUCAGGAUUCUUCCCAAAACGCCCCUGCAGCCGAAUCUGGAAGCAUUCGCAUGAAACCUCGUGAUCCUCGCCGAAUCCUGCAUGGAAGUACUCUUCAAAGAACGGACUCUUCAAUGGAAAAGCAGACCAAAGUGAAUGAUCCUUCCACUCUAGGAACCUUGACUAUGAAGGGUAAGGCAGAAGAUUUGGAAACACCUCCCCAGCUUGAUCCACGGCAAAAUAUUAGCCAGAAUGGUACCAGCAAAAUGAAAAUUUCGGGUGAACUUCUCAGUGGGAAGACACCAGACUUUUCAACACAAUUCACCAAAAACCUGAAAAGUAUUGCUGAUAUGGUUGUCGUAUCACAACAACUUGGCAAUCCCCCAGCAAGUAUGCAUUCGGUACAGCUUAAGACGGAGAGAGAUGUUAAACAUAAUCCUUCAAAUCCCAAUGCCCAGGAUGAGGAUGUGUCAGUUUCAGCAGCAUCAGUAACGGCUGCAGCUGGUCCCACUCGUUCCAUGAACAGUUGGGGAGAUGUGGAACACCUAUUUGAAGGAUAUGAUGACAUUCAGAGAGUAGCUAUUCAAAGAGAGAGAGUUCGUAGGUUAGAGGAACAGAAUAAAAUGUUUGCAUCUCAAAAGCUCUCUCUUGUCUUGGAUAUAGACCACACCCUUCUCAAUUCAGCUAAGUUUAAUGAGGUUGAAUCCCGCCACGAGGAGAUAUUAAGAAAGAAGGAAGAACAAGAUCGUGAGAAACCAUAUAGACAUCUCUUUCGUUUCCUGCACAUGGGAAUGUGGACUAAACUAAGACCAGGGAUUUGGAAUUUUUUGGAGAAGGCUAGCAAGCUGUACGAGUUACAUCUUUACACUAUGGGAAACAAAUUGUAUGCUACAGAGAUGGCCAAGCUGCUUGAUCCCAAAGGGGUUCUAUUUAAUGGACGGGUCAUAUCGAAAGGAGAUGAUGGAGAUCCUCUUGAUGGAGACGAACGAGUACCUAAGAGCAAAGAUUUAGAAGGAGUUAUGGGUAUGGAAUCGUCUGUGGUGAUCAUAGAUGACUCUGUCCGAGUGUGGCCUCAACACAAAAUGAAUUUAAUAGCUGUUGAAAGAUAUCUUUAUUUCCCUUGUAGUAGACGGCAAUUUGGGCUUCUUGGUCCUUCUCUUCUUGAGUUAGAUCGUGAUGAGGUACCUGAGGAGGGCACAUUGGCAUCUUCAUUAGCGGUUAUUGAGAAAAUACAUCAAAAUUUCUUCUCGCACACUUCAUUAGAUGAAGUUGAUGUGAGAAAUAUUUUAGCUUCUGAGCAACGAAAGAUAUUGGCUGGUUGUAGGAUUGUAUUUAGUCGGAUAAUCCCAGUGGGUGAAGCCAAACCGCACUUGCAUCCCCUGUGGCAAACUGCUGAGCAGUUUGGUGCUGUCUGCACAACCCAGGUGGAUGAACAUGUCACUCAUGUUGUCACAAAUUCUCUUGGAACCGACAAGGUAAAUUGGGCACUAACCAGAGGUAGAUUUGUUGUUCAUCCUGGCUGGGUGGAAGCAUCAGCUUUUCUGUACCAGAGAGCAAAUGAGAACUUAUAUGCCAUCAACCCGUAAACCAAAUCCAUGAUCCGCCCUCUUAAAUCCCCACCAUUUGGUGGAAUUGAGACUUAAGAAGGCCUGAAAACCCAAUAAGUCAUAUUGGGUUGAUUAGGCUAGGCCCCGGGGUACAUACACAUUCUUUUGCCCCAAAAGAAGCGAAUUCAUUAAAAUGCCAAAGGUAUUGGGGGCUUUUAACAAAACGAACUCCACAUUGUAUCAAUGGUCUAGAGUAGAUCUACUUACUUUGGGAUGGUGAAGGAAACUAGUCUGUCUCUGAAUCUAAAAAAAUAACACCAGAGAGACCCAGCAUUAGAAAGUAUGAUGUGCCAAGGUCACGUGUCAAAGGAGAGGAUCAUGUUCAAUUUUGGUUCUCAUCUGUUGAUUCAUGAUCGGUCAGAUAAAUGUUUGUUGUGGUAUUUAUGUCUCUUGUCGGAAGCAAUUCUGAUGGGGUACCAAGGCAACAGAGAAGAGAAGAAAGCUUUAAUUGAAAUGUUCAUAUGCCUUACUAAUCCCCAGAAUUAAAUGUGGUGGAGAAACCAAAUUCAUUAAGUAUGACAAACAGAGACCACAUUAAACAGUUACUUGACGUCUAAGUUAUUGGUAAUGGAUCAUUAUUAACCGUAAAACCACAAUGGACUAUAUACUAUUAAGGGUACCAUCAAUUGGUAAAUGACUGAAUGGAAUUUGGCACGUCA